UCCGGUCGCCGUUUCCAUGGAAACGUAAACAGAACGACUGGCACUGAUUGUCAUUCCUCCCACUGGCGCACGAACCGCGGGUUGUUUUCACUCUUUCAUGCGCAAUUCCGGCCUUUUUUGUUCCUUCGAACGAAUCGGGCAGACGUAUACAAGUACCAAUGGACCUGAACGAUGUCCGACGUGCGUCCUCUGCGGGAUACCGCUUACCGGAACGAUCCGAUGGAGCCAGGCCGACAACAGCCCAGCCUCCUGCAGACAGGACGCGGCGCGCCGGAGGAGGAGACGCGGAGCAGAAUCCAGACAGAGGUGAUCCGGUGAACCAGGACCAGCGGUGGAGGGAGUCGGUGUGGAGGGAGAGGAGAGCUAUAAGGGAAUGGGAGAAGAACUGGAACUUUCUCAGGAACUAUGAUCAGAUGGGACAACUGAAGUCAGAGGAGCCUUUACCCAGCUACGUGUCGCUCUUCUCUGAGCGCGUGCCCAACACCACCAACCACGUGUUUGGCAGCAGGCUGUCCACUCCACUGGGGAGUGAACUGGUCAGACUGGACAGGCUGUUGCUCUGGUCUGGAAGCCAUCACAAGCGCAAGCAGGAUCCAGAGGUGCUGCCCUGCUAGACCGCUCUGCAGACAAGUCACUUCACCUCACACACAGACCUCCGAACAUCAGGUGUCUUCUUUUCUCCCUGCAAACUCUGGUAAUAUAUGGUUCAACAGUCGCCUAGGCUGAGCCGAGGUGACCUUACAUUAAAUGUUGUGGGGAUUUUGUUUAAAGUAAAACAGACAUCUAUAGAAGUCUAAUUUGCUGUCCUAAAUCUGCUAAUUUUCUGUGAUUCAUUGAUCAUAUCUUAGUUUAUAACCAGAAUCUGUUUUACAUAUAGGUGUGUGGGAUUUUUAUUUUGGCCAGAAAUGUAACAACGAAGGAGAGCAAAACUUUUUGCCCUCACCAAAGGUUUUCACUCACCAAAUAAAGACAGGUGAAAAGAGAAGACGUUGGCAGAUCAGAUUCACGUCAUCUGAGCUCUAUCAAGUAUUUAAUCAGAAACUUGAUAAUCUAACAAGAUACCUGAUCAAAUUUGGAUGAGUGAAGGAUGUAUCACCACUACGUGUCUGUGUCGUGUGCUCAAAAAAGCAGGGACUCGCAAGAAACAAGCAAAAACAGAACAAAUCAUGAAGCUUAAAAGCAUGUAGGUGGAUUUAGAGCUCUAAAAAAGGAACAAAAACAACAUAUCACAUAGUUUAAUAACAACUAUAUCAUAACAAUUUACCAUAAGAAUUCUGUUUCUUAGCCUACUGAUGCAAUAAUAUUUUCAUUUUGCUGUUAAAUUGGUUUUAUUCAUUUUGUUUUAAUAGGGGAUUUUUUUAGGAUGUUUACCAGGACCUAAGCCAUUGUUCCAUGGUGGAGCCAUGGAUCUUUUUUUAUUGUCAUGUUGAUGAAGCUUAUCCAUCUGCCCUCUAUUGGACUGCAGCAUAUAUCAGAUUUUUAUACCGUUGUAGCUGUGCUAAAAAGGAAACGGCCAUUCUGCAUGUUGUUGUAAAUCACUGACCCUUUGUCUAAAUUGGAACAAAAAUGUUGGUGCCCAGCAAACUUUAAACAGUGAUCCUCAGGAGAUCGAAUGCUCUGCAUGAUUCUGCAUUACUAUUCUACAUUAUAAUCAAAGUCAACAUCUCGUUGGAAUAAAGAUGGUUUUUUUUUAAA